CCGGGCAGUGUCGGAAGGCCUCGGGAAGUAGGCCGGCCGACCCCGUUGGAUUGCAGCAAAUUUAAUGUUUCUUAAUUUGCUUUAUUGCAUGGGGUUACCCCCUGUAGACGAGAACAGCAUUUGCAGAAUAAUACUGUAUCCCCGAAUUUCUCUGCCCGCUUAUUCAUUGUGCACCCCCCCCCCUCCGCCCGCCCCGCUUGCUUCGCGUCAGCUCCGCUUGCCUUUUGCCGCAAAGGCUGAUGAGACCCCGCAUAAGGCUGCGGGCGGAGGAGGGCGCGCAGGAGCCGCGGCCAGUAUUUAAGAACCAUGGAAAAACUGCUGAAAUCCGAACUGAAAACCACCGUGCUGAAGGCAUUUGGGAGCUCGGGAGGAGGGUGGAUAAGUCAAGGGCAGAGCUAUGAAACCGACCAAGGGCGAGUGUUCGUUAAAAUCAACAACAAGCCUCAGGCUAGGACAAUGUUUGAAGGUGAAAUGGCAAGCUUAAUAGCUAUUCAGCAAACCAACACUCUGCGGGUUCCCCAGCCCAUUAAAGUGAUAGAUCUUCCAGGAGGUGGAGCUGCAUUUGCCAUGGAGUACCUAAAAAUGAAGAGUCUUGGCAGUAAGACAGUAUAUUCUGCGAAACUUGGAGAACAAGUUGCAGAUCUUCACCUUUACAACCAAAAACUUGGAGAAAAAAGAAAGAAAGAAGAAAACACAGUUGGGAAAGGUGCAGGCCAGACAAAACCUCAUCAUGUGGAUAAGUUUGGAUUCGACAUUGUCACCUGUUGUGGCUAUAUAGCUCAGGUGAAUGAAUGGCAAAGUGACUGGCCCACUUUCUUCAUUCGUCACCGUCUCCAAGCCCAAAUGGAUUUGAUUGAGAGAGAUUACGGAGACAGAGAAGCAAGGGAAUUGUGGUCUCGGUUAAAGCCAAAGAUUCCAGAGAUGUUUUGUGACCUGGAGAUAAUUCCUGCACUCCUACAUGGGGACCUGUGGGCUAGAAAUGUAGCUGAAGAUGACUCCGGUCCAAUUCUUUUUGACCCUGCUUGUUUCUAUGGUCAUUCAGAAUUUGAACUUGCAAUUUCUAUGAUGUUUGGUGGGUUUAGCAGUUCUUUCUUCUCUGCUUACCACAGCAAAAUCCCCAAAGCUUCAGGCUUUGAAAAGCGCAACAAACUUUACCAGCUAUUUAACUAUAUUAACCACUGGAACCAUUUUGGAACAGGAUACCGGGGGCCUACUCUUAAUGUUAUGCGAAAGCUUUUAAAGUAACCCUCAAACAUGGUCAUCCUGAGUAAGUGAUCUCCUGUUUGAUGUUAGAACAACAUCAGCUGCAAUGUUUUAAAGAGGAUGGGAAGUCACCUGAAAGUUACAAAAGGCAAGAGCUAAGGUGACAUUUGUACACAUUUAAUUCCUCACAAAAUGCUUGCAGUGGUUUUGUAUUUUUUGCAGUCUCUUAAUUGUCAACCAGCAUAUUAAUGGCUACUUUGAUAAGGUAGGAAAACUGCGUGCAGUUUGUUGUUCCAGGGAGCGAACUCUGUAGCAAAACGUACAAGCAGGAUAAAUGAGAGUUCCAGAAGAGUAGAUUUCAAAAACAGUAUUUGCAAAAAUGCAGUGGAGAAGAUCCAUUCUCUGUGCCAGUGGAUGUGAUGUUAUUCUCCUCCCUCUCCUCCCACCUGUAUUCCUUACUCUACUCAGGAGGAUCCCCCAACUUUAUUUUGUGGGGUUACAGGGGCAGAAGGGCGGGGGAGGGGAGAAUGAUGGAGUCAUUCCGUUUGCACAAAUGGAAGACGGUUGGGCAAGUGGGAUGUCACAACUGGAUAUCAACAAGGACUGCAAACCUGAGAGCCCAUGUAAACAUGUACAUCAGCUUCUGUGGAUGUAAUGACUCCCUCGCUCAAACAGAUUAAAAUACAUAACAACAUUAAUAAUAAUAAUUAAUAAGUAGGAGCCAGCAUGGUGUAGUGGUUAAGAGCAGUGGACUUGUAAUCUGGUGAACCGGGUUCGCUUCCAUGUUCCUCCACAUGCAGCUGCUGGGUGACCUUGGGCUACUCACACUUCUCUGAAGUCUCGUAGCCUCAAUCACCUCACAGAGUGUUUGUUGUGGGGGAGGAAGGGAAAGGAGAUUGUUAGCCACUUUGAGACUCCUUAAGGUGAGUGAAAGGCAGGAUAUCAAGUCCAAACUCUUCUCCUUCCCUGCCCAUCUGGCAGGGCCUCCCCAGCCACUCUGGGUGGCUUCCAACAGUUUAUUAAAAAUACAAUGAAACAUCAAACAUUAAAUACUGCCCUAAACAGGGCUGCCUUCGUAUGUCUUCUAAAAGUCAGAUAGUUGUUUAUUUCCUUGACAUCUGGUGGGAGAGUGUUCCACAGGAUGGGCGCCACUACCGAGAAGGCCCUUGGUACAUUCAUGAUUAAAAUAGACAAUAAAACAAAUAAUUAAACAGAAAACAGUUAAAACAAUAAACAGUUAAAACAAUAAUUAAAGGGAAUCCUUGCCUAAACAGGUGUGUUUUCAGGAGCCAGCAGAUCCCAACACUGAUUUAUAGGCAAGCCAAAGCUUCAGUGGUAGGAUUCCUGUAUCCCAGCCAAUAAAGCACUGCAGUCGUGGUCCUAGCAUAAUUUCUUUUUCCUUUUUAAAAACCAAUUUAAUAUGGAUAAGGCUGCAGUUUGAGAACAGUGAUGGGGAACCUACUGUGGCCUUCCAGAGGGUGCUGAACUACAACUUCCAUCAUCCUUGAUCACUAGCUGUGCUGGCUGGGGCUAAUGGGAACUGGAAUCCAAUAUCACCAAACACAGUGGGAGUUACAGCGGUAUAAAAAAAUGGGAUUGCAUUACAACUUCGCGGAUAAACUCAUAAAUGUUAAAAGGAUUGGGUCAAUAAAUUGCAUUCCUUACAUAUAGGUAACUGCAAGUGACUGAAACAUGAUAGAAGUAUUUUGUUAUUUUGUUUUAGUGUUAGGGUUGUCUGUCCUGGUUAUUGUACAUAAUGAAAUAAUAAAGAAAGUAAGUGAGUACAGGCAUACCUCAGAGAUACGGUAUUGCUGGUUCGGUUCCAGCCCACCACAAUAAAGCGAAUAUUGCAAUAAAGUGAGUCGCUUUUUUUGUUUCCCAGUGAAAGUUACCUUUUCACUAUAGUGUAGUCUACUGACCCAGUCGUUGUCCCCCACCCCGUGGCUGCAUGGGUGGGAGGGGAGAAACCCGGUUCCAGUCCUAGCCAGCUCCAUUUUCGUGCCCAGAAGAGGGCGUUUGCCUCCUCAUCCUUGUAAAGAGCAAUACUGUAUCUGCGAAGUGCAAUAAAGUGAGGUAUGCCUGUACUGAAAUAAAUAUUAGGUAUUUCUUGUUUGGCAUGCUUUACCCAUGUUGUGCAUUUUCAUAGUGCAGGACAUGUAGCAUGUAGAAUUUUAAAGUAUUUUUUUCAAUUUUGUGAUAUUGUGAGAAUCCUCAUUCUGGGCUAAAUGGAAUGUUUGAGCAAUCCUCAUUUAUGAUAGGAAAGUGGAAAUUAAAGCUGCCAAGUGAUCAAAGGCUUAGCAAGCUCACUUUUUAAGUAUACAGAAUUUGAAUGAAAAUUGCUGUGCUACACUUACUAUGUAUGUAAUAUGCAAUCCAAAUAAAAUGUUGUCAUUGCACACAGAAUUUGUAACUAUAAUUGCCAUCAACAAAUAAGGGAGUAUUGGGUUCAACAUAGUUGUGAGACUGGAAAAAUAAUGAUGAGCAUGUUUCCCCUCACCAUUGACAAUUGCAGACUGCAACCAAACCAUCCUUUCUCCAGCCAUGAAGUCCACUUUAUGGGUGAUCUCAAGCCAAGCAACAUAUCUAUCACUCAGGGUUCUUCUCUGGAUGAAAAGGGGUGGGGGAAGGGAAUGAUGCAUAUCGUCCUGAGUUUAUUGGAGGAUAACCAGGAUUUUAAAAAAUACCUGCAGGACAACUGAUGGCAGUAUGGUUUAUGUUAGUUAAGCACUGUAAAGAUCCAAAAGGAGUUACAAUUGAGUACCACA